UUUUGUUUUCAGUUUGGCGCUGUAGGUACUAUUCCUAACUGCAUGGCUAUAGUAAAAUUGUAGUUUUGGAAAUGUACGUGAGGUCCUAAUUUGUUAUACUACUUGUCUGAAAGUAUUAAUUUUCGCUGAGCUUAGAAUACUAACGAGAAAUUUGUUUAGCUAACACCGUUCACAUUUAGUUUCAGACGGAGUCCCCACACUUGCCGUCGCUGAUGAUGCACUCGGCGAAGACUGUUCCUACCGCACGCCCCGGCUGAGCCAUGGCGGGCCAUUGCAUCCCAGACACCCGCAUCGCGGUGGACUUUUGGAGCGAGCAGCCAGAGAAAAAAUACCAUUUUCUUACUAGUUAUUGCAAAACCCAAAUAGCUGGAUUGACUUCCGAAUGGAAGUACAAAAUUUAUACGUCUGCCAUCAAUGCCAGAUUCCUGGAAAAUGUAAUCAAGGUGGAAAAGGGGCUCGUGAGGGUGCUGAAGGUGGGACGCGUGUACGGCGUCAACAGUUCGAGGUCCAGGAGCGGCUUCUCCGUGACCCCGAUACGGGCCAACCACUGCCCCGGGUCCGUCAUGUUCCUGUUCGAGGGUAGCUUCGGGAGAGUUCUGUACACGGGCCACUGCCGCUACAAGCCGGGCAUGCUGGCAGGAACACCGUUGUCACCGUCCGUCACCAACAAGAACCUGGAUGUGAUAUACCUGGACAACACCUAUGCAGCGCCGUAUUGCAGAUUUCCCAGUGAAAGAGAGAGUCUUCUGAAGGUGCUCGAGAUAAUAAAAGAGAACCCGGGCCGCAAAGUUCUGCUCGGAGUUUCGGAGGAGGAUGCUCCGCAGGCCCUGGCUGGUCUCGGGAACCUGCUCAAGAGCAAAAUAGUGGUGAGCAGGAAAGCGUAUCGGCUGGCACGGAAGAUGACGGCAGGGAAGCGGUGCUUGCUGACGGACGACCCUUCGCGCGGCUUCGUCCACGCGGUCGACCUCCCGUCGCUCGCGGUGGACAGGGAGGACCCUGAAGUGGUGACGAUACUGCUCACCCUGGACGGGCUGUUGGUUCGCGAGAGCGGGCCGAGCGUGCACGUGGUCCCUUACAGCACGCACAGCAGCCACUCGGAGCUGGCGAGCCUGGUGGCCCAGCUGCAGCCCGGGGAGAUUGUCCCGGUCGUUAGCGGCGUCGCGCACUGCCUGGUCCCGGCGGAGUUGCGCAGCCUGUGCCGGGCCCCUGCGAGCGACGCCGGCUCGGCCACGCGCCGGCGCCGUGACCCGGCGGGAGGUUUGGUCCGUAGCGACGGUGGCGGGAGGAGUACCGGCAGACGCGCUGCACCAGGGAAGGACGUGAUCCAGGGCGCGAAAGAAAACAGAAGAAUUGAUGUGAGGAUGGAUGCGUUCGUUGAAGAAGGGGGUGAACGCAGAAGCGAAAGUGGGAGUGAUAGGUGCGUGUGGGCAACAUGUUCCAGUAGUUUUCCCUCUGGAGAGAGACCCCUGCGUGCGAGUGUUUCUCGUGAGCGAUCCCAGCCGUCGUCGAGCUACGCCACUGCCCAGGCCACUCCGCCGGCCCCGGCAACUGCAGAUCUAGAUAGAGUCGAGUUCGGCUCCAGUGGGAAACAAAACGGCCAGUUGACAGAGUCAACUCUCAAUCUGCUCCGGCUUCUUGGUGAAACGCUCGCGGAACCUCCCCCACGCAGCGUUGAGGUUGUCGGUGCCGGGACUGAAGAUGCUACCCGACGGUCCUCGGACAGUGAUGGUGGUGAUGAUGAUGAUGCUUAUUUGCCCAACGCGUACCUCCUACCGUCAGAUUUGAGAAAGAAAACGAGGCUCAGCCGUUGCAAGUGCAGAGAAUCCAAGACGAGCACGUCCAAGUCACGUUUCAAGCCACGGGCUCCGAGGAUAGUGGAAGAGAGUGAAUCAGAACUUGAUGAAUCUGCGUCCGUGCCAAGUGAUGGGAAUCUGUCGCCAGUGUUUGCUGUGGCACAAGCGUGUAAGCCAUCACCAACACCUGCUGCAUUACGGGCAGGUAAGCCAUUCACCUGUGAAGAAGAUGGCCAUGUGCAUGAUGCGAUGGAAAUUUGCAGACCUGACUGUGCCGCUGAUGCAACUGAGCAACCGAUGAGGGGCAGCAUCCCCGCCACUCUUUUCACUUCCGCAGGCAACGUCUGCAUGCAGUUGAGUUUUUUUCCAGAUGGGAUGCAAGGGACGAGUAACAGACAUGCCGGAAAUACUGCUGCGAAUGUGUUGGUGAGGUUUUCUACUGGUGAUGUUUCAACCAUGGCUAACGCCACAGAUGCAGCUACAAGUUAUGUGAAUGAUUCUGUACUAGCUGCUCCAUGUCGAGCUGAUGAGACUAUCCACCGUAGCCCUUCAGUUAACCUUGUAAGUGCUUUGGAAAAUUGUUGCUUGUCCUCUAAGCAAGCUGGUGCCUCUACAAAUAGCUUAUGUAAUUCAUCAAUUUCAACCAUCUGCCAAAAGCAUAAUGUUUCCAUGAUAAAUGCUUCUGGCAUAACUAAACAAUUGAGUACUUCAAGUGACAAUAACUUAGAAUUCUCCUCUGCACAUCCUGGGACGUAUCUUAAUGUGUGUAAUUCUGCUGCGAUCUCUGAAUUUAAAAAUUGUGAGCCUAGUAGUAGGAAUAGUGUGUUCGUAAAUGUAAGUAAUAUUCCACUCUCUUCACAUAGAGACCAAGAGAUGGUCAACAGUAACAUGGAAAAACAAUGGUUUAGUAUUACAGUGGGUAGCAACAGGGACUUAGCUUCUAUUAAUGCUGCUGCAUCUACAAGGAAAACAACAAAUAAUGCAGCUGAAUGUCUGUGCCGCAAUACCCCAGCUGGUUCGUCAACAACAAAAGACUUUAAUCCUGUAUGUAAUAAUCUACACAGCAUUACCUUAGUUAGUUCAUCUACAAACAUAAAAUUUAAUCCUGUCCCUAUAAACCAUAGCAAUGCUCCAACUAGCUCAUCUUUAAGCAACACAUUAAAUCCUGCACCUUUGAAUCCUAGCAAUGCUCCAGCUAGUUCAUCUACAAGCAACGUAUUAAAUCCUGCACCUUUGAAUCCUAACAAUGCUCCAGCUAGUUCAUCUACAAGCAACACAUUAAAUCCUGUGCCUAAGCAUUCUACAAACAAUGCUCCAGCUAGUUCAUCUACAAGCAACGUAUUAAAUCCUGCACCUUUGAAUCCUAGCAAUGCUCCAGCUAGUUCAUCUACAAGCAACGUAUUAAAUCCUGCACCUUUGAAUCCUAACAAUGCUCCAGCUAGUUCAUCUACAAGCAACACAUUAAAUCCUGUGCCUAAGCAUUCUACAAACAAUGCUCCAGCUAGUUCAUCUACAAGCAACGUAUUUAAUCCUGCACCUUUGAAUCCUAGCAAUGCUCCAGCUAGUUCAUCUACAAGCAACACAUUAAAUCCUGUACCUUUGAAUCAUAGCAAUGCUCCAGCUAGUUCAUCUACAAGCAACACAUUAAAUCCUGCACAUUUGAAUCCUAGCAAUGUUCCAGCUAGUUCAUCUACAAGCAACACAUUAAAUCCUGCACCUUUGAAUCCUAGCAAUGCUCCAGCUAGUUCAUCUACAAGCAACAUAUUAAAUCCUGUACCUUUGAAUCCUAGCAAUGCUCCAGCUAGUUCAUCUACAAGCAACACAUUAAAUCCUGCACCUUUGAAUCCUAGCAAUGCUCCAGCUAGUUUAUCUACAAGCAACAUAUUAAAUUCUGUACCUUUGAAUCCUAGCAAUGCUCCAGCUAGUUCAUCUACAAGCAACAUAUUAAAUCCUGUACCUUUGAAUCCUAGCAAUGCUCCAGCUAGUUCAUCUACAAGCAACACAUUAAAUCCUGCACCUUUGAAUCCUAGCAAUGCUCCAGCUAGUUCAUCUACAAGCAACACAUUAAAUCCUGCACCUUUGAAUCCUAGCAAUGCUCCAGCUAGUUCAUCUACAAGCAACAUAUUAAAUCCUGUACCUUUGAAUCCUAGCAAUGCUCCAGCUAGUUCAUCUACAAGCAACAUAUUAAAUCCUGUACCUUUGAAUCCUAGCAAUGCUCCAGCUAGUUCAUCUACAAGCAACACAUUAAAUCCUGCACCUUUGAAUCCUAGCAAUGCUCCAGCUAGUUCAUCUACAAGCAACAUAUUAAAUCCUGUACCUUUGAAUCCUAGAAAUGCUCCAGCUAGUGCAUCUACAAGCAACACAUUAAAUCCUGCACUUUUGAAUCCUAGCAAUACUCCAGCUUGUUCAUCUACAAGUACAUCAUUUAAUGCUACAAGCUUAUCAUUUAAUCCUGUGCCUAUGUAUCCAAAGAGCAAUGCUUCAGCUAGUUCAUCUGCAAAGAUAAAAUUUAAUCCUGCACAUAAGAAGCCACACAUAGUUGCUUCAGGUGGUUCUUCCACAGGCAACAGAUUAAAUCCCGCAUGUGAGACUGUUGAAGACUUAUCAUUCACAGCUCAGCGACUUAAGCAUAGAAGCUGGUUUAUCCAACUUGUAAGGAACAUGGACGAUCUUGAUAGCAAUUCUUUUUUUAAUUCAUUCUCUGAAACAGAUGAUUCCAUUUCACCAAAUAAUUGUAACGAGGAAAACGUUGCUGCAGAGUGCAACGUAGUACAGUGUCUGGUCUCGAAAGGUGCGUUCAGUGAUGGCUGGACAGAAGAUUUAACUAAUGAUAGCCAAAACCAUGGAACUGAGUCCUCACGAACAUCUUUGAGUGUCCCAGUUGCCAAUAGCCAUGACAGCAACAUAACUAAUUUACCAGUUAGUUUUCACAGCGAUAGAACAUCCAAGAUCGCCAGCACAUGUGGCUCCAGAACACUUUCAUUCGACGAUAGCACCAGUCCAGUGAUCAGUAAUCCCACAGAUUCGUGUACAUCUGGCAGUAAGAGAAAACGCUCGGGAAGGGAGUCUUUGGAUGGGAGCGAUAAUAGUUUAAACCGGAGCACCUCGGAUUGCGUCAGUCCACCGGCAGUUUCGUCUGUCGUGCAAAUUGCUGUAGGUUCAGAGUCGGUGGCAAGCAGUCGAACCAUUGUUGGGAAGGAAGUGUGUCAGUCCGAGUUAGAGGGGACGAAGGUGUCGACAGGAACACAGUUGCGAGAGCCUGUUGCUUGUUCGGGCACUCUACCACAGGAGUCUGGCUCAGCCGAGACUUGCCCAGGCUCAGCCGAGACUUGCCCAGGAGACGGUGUUGCUCACAGCAUCGCAACCCCUACUGGCAAGCCCCGGGGGAGACCAAGAAAGAAGUUACUUGAAUCCCCAGUAGCUUUAGUCUCCGCAGCAGAAAAGAAACAUUCUUCUGUUGAAAAUAAGAGAGAAGAGUUAGAUGGACCAUGUUGGUCUAAAAGAUUGCGCUUGAGGGCGGACACAGUACCACAGGAGUCUGGCUCGGCCAAGACUCGCUCAGGAGACAGUGUUACUGUUACUCACAGCAUCGCCACCCCUACUAGCAAGCCCCGGGGGAGACAAAGGAAGAAGUUACUUGAAUCCCCAGUGGCUUUAGUCUCCGCAGCAGAAAAGAAACAUUCUUCUGUUGAAAAUAAGAGAGAAGAGUUAGAUAAGUUUACGGCUGGACCAUGUUGGUCUAAAAGAUUACGCUUGAGGGCAAAGGAAUUAUCUGACACUGUGGAGGUUGGGCCAAAAUCUAACACUGGUCUUGCACUUAAGAAUGGAAACACCAAGUUAAAAAACUUAAAUAUCCCUAAUGCGAAGAAUGCUUCAGCAGUAGCAGCCGUGGGAAAGUUGCACGAGUCAGUCUGGACUACAAAGACCUGCCUAGAUGAAAUUAUUCUGCGAAAUAAGAAUAACUUAUUAGGGAGAGCAAACAAUGUUUCACAUGCAGUGUCUUCAGGAAAAAACUACUUGAGAGGAAGUUCUGCAAAGAAUUCCAGUGCAGCUACUUUGUCUAAAAGGCAGAAACCAGGGACUAGAAAGAAUCAUUCCCUCGAUGGAAUUUCUCUAAGAAAGAAGAGUGAUUCUUCUGUGUCACCAGGAAAUAACAACUCCAGACGGAGCGCAAAGAAUAUGCCAGGUGCAGUUGCUCCACCAAAGAAGCCCGACAUUAGGGGCCAGAAGCUUUGCAGGCCGAAGAACACGGCAGGUUCCAACACCAGCAGCUACGGCCAAGGUGGGGCGUUAACGGGCAGUGCCAAUACAGUUCCAGUGGAUGACUUUUGGAACACGUCUACCAUGAGUGUGAUGCCGGUCGAAGACAUUGUCCUAUCAACCCCAACCGAGUGAACCUAGAUUGAGGCUAUGAUGGAUAUUAAAACUGUGACUAGAACCAGUUUUUUCAUUAUUUUUUCUUAUCCAAUUUUUUUUGUAAGUAGCACUUCUAGAUUCUAAUAUUUUUCUACACCAUAGGAAUUAUUGUAAAUAAAAUUGUAAGCAUCUUUUUAACUAUAACCAUUUUUAAGGACUUUUGAUAGUUUUUUUUAUAUGUAUUUUUACAUUCUGUGAAUAGUUUGUUACAAAUCCAGGUUGGCCUGUUUGUAGGUAAGGACUUUAAGGCUUAUGUUAAAUUACUUUUUUCAACCAAAGUUAGUAAUGACUAGAAAAAGUUUUUAUUUUGGAAAA